AUGGAAGGUUCAUCUGAGCAUAUCUCUUUUGUUGAUCAAUUAUCCUCUGUACUCAUACUCAACGUGAAGAAUAGGCAAAACAUGAUCAUUGAUAUUGAAUUCUCACACUACGACAAAGUUCUCAGGCCCAUAAUCGAGUGCCUCAAAUUCUCACCACUAUCUCAAGCUCUAAUAAUGGCAGAAUCCAUUACUCUAGUUCAUCUUUCAAAGGCUUACUCCUUAGCCAUCUACACCAAGGCAUAUGAAAUAAUCCACUUUGAGGUUUCAUUUCAUAAAACCUCCAUCACCAAGGCUUGCUUCUGUAUACUUUUAGGGUUUACUUCAUCUGAAUCUCUUGUGGAUCCAGAAUCAAUUUCCAACAUCGCUCUCAUCGGGAUAUUCUAUCAGAUGGGAUUUAUUGAACAAAAAUCGAAGAAUGAUGAUCAGAAGGGUAAUGAAGCUUCCGCAUCAAACAAAGGGAAAGAGAAGCUUAUUGAUGAUGAGGAAGAAGAAGAAGGACUUUCUAAAUCUGAGAAACUUAUGAGAAAAAAGCGAGACAAAGAACUUGAUGAUCUUCUAAAUCUUCGUAAGAAGUUAGAAGCACAAGAAGCUGAGGAGAAAAUUGAACAAAUUAUGCUUGAAACUCAGAAGUCACUUUUCCCUCCAUGGUCGAUUUGUAGAAUUCAGAAAGAAGCCAAUUGUAAUGCUUGGUUCCUGGUAUGUAUUUAA